AUGCCUGAGUCUCCCCUCAGUCCCGCGGCUGCUCGUCAAACCCCGGCAGCCAGCAGCCUCCUCAGUCACACAGACAACAGAGCGGGAGAGAGGGCGUCUAAUGGGGACUCCUGCAGCGGAGUGAGUGCUGAAAACUGGCAGACUCUCCACCACAAACAGGUCUUUCUGGCUAUGAUGGCUCCUCAGCAGAUGCAGCAGCUUCUGUCCCCAAACCAGCUGCAGGCUCUGAUCCACCAGAAGCAGCAAGCCCUGCUGCUCCAGCAGCAACAUCUGAAAGACUUUUACAAGAAACAACAGCAACAGAUCCAGCUACUUCAGCAGCAGUCCAGCAAGAAAAUCAAAGAACAGCUCCUCCGCGCUCAGAGGCCGGCGCUGUCCUCACCUGCACUCUCUCCAGCCUGUCUCAGCCCUGCAGACAUGCAGCAGAUAUGGAAGGAGCUCACUUUGGGGCACAAUGAAGAAAAAACCUCAACGAAGGCCAAUGAAGACGCUUCUGCUCCCAAACUGAUGUCCCCUAAAGUCCCGGGGCGAGCGAGCGGAGACCAGCAGCCUCUCUCUCCUCGCAGGGCAGAAUGCUCUGCUAAAGAUGAUCCCAUCGAGACACACGUCCUCUUCGGUCACGGUGUGUGUAACUGGCCUGGCUGUGAGUCCGCCUGUGAAAACUUCAGCCAGUUUGUCAAGCACAUGAGGCGAGAACACAACCUGGACGACAGAAGCACGGCGCAGUGCAGAGUUCAGAUGCAGGUGGUUCAGCAGCUCGAGCUUCAGCUCUGCAGAGAACGGGAGCGUCUGCAGGCGAUGAUGGCUCACCUGCAUCUGCCGACUCUGGAGGCUCGGCCGCUCUCCGCUCCGGCUCAGACGCCCCGGUCGGGUCCGCCCGCUGACCCGCGUGGGCCGCAGCUGGGCUCAGACGGCGUCAGAAACAACAGCAGCAGCCCGUCAGACCCUUCCCAGGCGUCGCCCCGGCUCCUGGACCCCGUCGGCUCCCCGUCACAGGGGUGUGAGGAAGAGCUGCUGUCUCGCUCGGCCUGCGCCGGGGCCAUCAGGCGCCAGCACCACCCUCUGGUGUUCUCUCUGUCCUCAGAAAACGAAUAUGAGCUUUACAAGAACACUGACAUCAGGCCACCGUUCACCUACGCUACGCUGAUUCGACAGGCGAUUAUGGAAGCAUCAGACAUGCAACUAACACUAAAUGAGAUUUACAACUGGUUCACACGGACGUUUGCUUAUUUCCGACGCAACGCCGCCACUUGGAAGAACGCCGUCCGCCACAACCUGAGUCUGCACAAGUGCUUUGUGCGCGUGGAGAACGUGAAAGGCGCCGUGUGGACGGUGGAUGAGGUGGAGUACCAGAGGAGGAGGUCCCAGAAGAUCGCAGGGACUCCGUCGCUGAUCAAGAACGUCUCGUCUCAUCUGGCUUACGGCAGCGUUCUGAGUGCCACUUUGCAGACGGCGCUGGCGGAGGCGUCGCUGCCUGGAUUCAAGAAGGAGAGAAGCUCACUGAGUCAAACGACAGACAGCAAGGCGGCAGACGGCGGCAGGAACGACUUCCCUCCACGAGUCCAGCAGCCAGUCUUCUUCAAAGACGAAGAUCUCAACGAUCAGGAGACCCUGUUGCCGACGCUGAAGCCUGUCGGCCCGCAGCACGACGUGACUGAACACCAAGAUCACUUGUUUGACCUUGAAUGA